AUGAUAUUGGAGGAUGUGUGUGGUGUUUUGGAGGGGCAGGUAGAGUCUCUAACUCAGGCCAAUGAAGGUUUGAUGAUUCAGAAUGAGAGUUUGGAGUGGGAUCUUGCUAACCGUGAACGGGAGUUGGAGGUGUUGAGGGGAGAUCGUAAUUGGCUCCUUCAAUUUGGUUUUGUACGCAUAAUGGAUAAACUUCUUGAGCAUCCUGAAUUUACAUGUGACAUCGGUCAAAUCUGCCAUGCUACCUAUCUCGUUGGGGAGGAUUCUGGUUGGGCGAAUUUGAAGGCUCAAGUUGAUGCUGGGACAUAUGAUCCUUCGGACAGCGAUUCCCGGUCUAGUCAUUCUUCGGCGUUGGAGGAUGCUUUAUUGGCUUUCACAACUCUUGACUUUGUAGUUUUCCUUGGGCUAGGUCAGUUGGGUAUGGAUGAAGUAAGGGCAUUGUGUGCUUUUGAUGGGGAUGAAGAGGUUGUAAGUGUGUUGGGUGUGGGGGCAGGCAGUGUUGUUGAAGGCGGUGCUGGCGGUGGUGAUGAUGGCGGUGCUGGUGGUGGUGAUGUUGGCAGUGGCAGUGCUGGUGGUGGUUAUGUUGGCGGUGGCGGUGGAGGUGCUGGUGGUGGUGAUGUUGGCGUUGGCGGUGGCGGUGCUGGUGGUGGUGAUGUUGGCGGUCUCGUAUAA